CAACAAUGAUUACCACGGUAUUCACAGUUCUGUCUUUUGUCUUUGCUGCUAUUUACUAUGCGUCUACCUGGAAAUUUGGUUAUUGGAAGAAACGCAAAGUGCCUUAUUUGGAUCCCGUCCCGUUACUAGGGAAUUAUGGAUCUUUCAUCACCCAGAGAAAGUUCAUGGGACGUCUGCAUCAAGAGCUAUGCCAACAGCUACCAAACGUACCGUAUUUUGGCGCAUUUUACGGCACGGAGCCGACUCUAGUGGUGCAGGAUCCGCAGGUCAUCAAGACAGUUAUGACGAAAGACUUUUACUACUUCAACAGUCGGGAAAUAGCUAAGUACACUGACAAAGAAUUAGUCAGUCAAAAUUUAUUCUUCACUUACGGAGACCGGUGGAAAGUGCUCCGGCAAAACUUGACUCCUAUCUUCACACCAGCCAAAAUGAAGAACAUGUUCUACUUGAUAGACAAAUGUGCUCAUGUGUUCGAAGGCAUGUUGGACUAUGAAUUUAAGAAGAAUAAUGUUCAAAAAGUAAGACCUCUUAUGGCUAGAUUCACCAUGGACUGUAUCACUGCAUGUGCUUUCGGCGCCGACGUCGGCACUAUGGGACAUGACUCGAAGAAUAAUCGAUUUACGGUAAUGGGCGAGAAGAUAUUUAUGGACUCUUAUUGGACAAACAUCAAGAAUGUGUUUAGAUCGAUUUGGCCAGCUAUAUUUUACGGUCUAAGGUUGAGAAAUUUCCCCGUAGAUGUGAUUAAAUCCUUUACACAAUUUAUGAAGCAGGUGUUCGUCGGGCGCGACUACAAACCCACGAAGCGGAAUGAUUUCAUCGACUUGAUUUUGAAUUGGAAAAAGGAUAACUAUAUAACUGGAGAUACAGUGAAAAACAUGAAAGGAGAGGAGAAGAAAGUGAAGUUAUUGGUUGAUGAUGAAAUGCUAGUGGGUCAGUGCUCUAUGUUCUUCGCCGCUGGAUUCGAAACUUCAGCUACAACUUUACACUACACUCUAUACGAGCUUGCUAAAAAUCCUCAGGCUCAACAACGGGUAUUUGAAGAAAUAGAUAGCUAUCUGUCAAGACAUAAUAACAAACUUGAAUUCGAAUGUAUCACAGAGAUGCCGUUCACAGAUGCUUGUUUUGAUGAAACGCUUCGUCUGUACCCGGUUCUAGCAGUGUUGACUCGCGAAGUGGUCGAGGACUACACACUGCCGUGUGGAGCUGUCAUAGGGGAAGGCGUCCGUGUUCAUAUACCGGUGUAUCAUCUGCACCAUAACCCAGACUUCUUCCCCGAUCCGGAGGAGUACCGCCCAGAAAGAUUUUACGGCGAGGAGAAGAAGAAUAUAAAACCUUAUUCUUAUUUACCAUUUGGGGAGGGACCGCGCUUGUGUAUAGGCAUGCGUUUCGCGAAGAUGCAAAUGUUAGCCGGCUUAAUAACAAUCCUGAAGAAGUACAGAGUGGAAGUGACCCAAAGACCUCCUAAACAGAUGGAGUUUUCUCCGACGUCUUUCGUCACGCAGCCGAAGAAAAGGAUCGAGCUGAAAUUCCUGGAAAGAGAGGGAUGGCAGCAGAGGCAGUAUAGUCCGAUACAGUGACAUUGUGACGCGUUGAUAUGGAGAAAUUUGAAUGAAUUCAAUAUAUUAACACAUAUAAUGAA